CCUUCUCACCCACAUUAACGACACGCGCAACGACACGAUGCAAGACGUAAACACCACUUUCACUCGCCUGUUAGGUAUCCGAGUGCCGGUCGUCUGCGCCGCGAUGGCGUUCGCGACGUCCGCCAAACUCGCGGUGGAAGUCACCCGUGGGGGAGGAUUCGGUUUCAUCGGGGAAGCAUUCGCGACGCCCGACACACUCCGGGCGGACCUCGCGUUCGCGCGCGACAGCUUCCCCGAGCGCGGGGACGCGCCCCUCCCUAUCGGGGUCGGCUUCAUCGGGUGGCUCCUAGACGCGAACGAGGCGCAGUCGAAGGAGCUCAUCGACAUCGCGCUCGAGAGCGGGGUGCAGGCGCUCUGGCUCGCCUUCGGGGUCGACCUCCAGCGCUGGGUGCACUACAUCCGCACCUCGCCCGCGGCCGCCCGCGCGCCGCACAAGCCACUCCUCUUCGUGCAGGCAACUUCGCUCGCGGAGGCGCUCAUCGCCGCGAACGAGUGGAAGGUCGACGUGAUUAUAGCUCAAGGGAACGAAGCAGGCGGUCACGGGGGCCGCGCGGCUCCCAGCACCAUGGUCAUCCUCUCCGAAAUCCUCGCUGCGCUGCCGCCCGCGGGCGCGCCGCCAGUACUUGCCGCCGGGGGCAUCGCGCACGGAUCUCAGGCCGCGGCGUACCUCACCGCCGGGGCGGCCGGGGUCGUGCUCGGGACGCGCUUCGCGCUCACGCCCGAGAGCCCGUACCCGGAGCUCAACAAGGCGGCGAUCCAGGGCGCGAAGGGCGCGGACACGGUGCGCACGAACGCGCUCGACUAUGCGUGGGGCAUCUAUUCCUGGCCCGGGUGGAUCGACGGGCGCGGCAUCCGCACCGGGAUCGUGGACGACGUCGACGCGGGCGUGGACCACAAGGUCGUGCAGGACCGCCAUGCCAAGGCGGCGGCGGCGGGCGACGCGAGCUACAUGGUGACCUGGUGCGGCCAGGGUGUGUCGCUCGUCAACGAGAGAAAGCCCGCGAAGGAAGUGGUGGAGGAGCUGCACGCGGACAUCGUACGCUCGCUGCAGAGGGGGCAGACGCUUCUUGCCUGAGGGCCGGGUCCGCUUGUCCAUACGGAAGUUAUCGCGUUCGCAAAUGCAGAACAUGUAGCGGACUUAACUGCCCAAAACCUCGUCCACAUCCUCUGUCACGCCCCCGAUUGGGAGCGGAUCGCACAGGCAUUUGGCCUCCCAGGAACCCAGAAUUUCGCAGCAGUUUGCGCACGGCGAACCUCCGACUCGGGCUCUGUGACGUCGCAUCUUCCAGGAGGCCCGGGGGGCGUUCCCCGCGGCCGGGGGUGGCACUAAACUUAUUACGUCCCCGCGCCGUCCGAAUCCGUCCACGUCUGCACAGAUGUGCCCGGCGGUGCCAGAUGUGGGCCUGGGCGUGCGCGUUCGCGUGCUUCGACUCCCGCGGACGCGCCGACUUUGCACUUCGCGGCGACGGGCUAGCUAAAGUGACGCGUGCAGCAGGCUAUUCGCGGUCGCCACCCGCGCCCUUCUCCAUUCAGUGCCACCGGCGAGUGAUCCGUACUGCGCCUGCGAAACGUCGUGGGUCGGAGUCGGGCCACACGCUGGGCUGCGAGCGCACUCGCGUGACCGGGGCGUCGCGCGAGUGCGGCACAGCGAGCCGGACGGUGCGUCGUC